UGAGGUUAAAGACCAUGGAGGCGGUCGUGCGCAAGCUUGCGCAUCCGAUCGAGGAGAUCCGCGUCCGCGCCCUCCACACGAUCGAGACCAAGGUCACCCGUGGGCUCUGGCCGGCGCCGAUGGCGCUCCCGCAGGCGCUUCGGUCCAUGCUCGCUGACAGCCUGCCGGCUCUCGCCGUCGACUACCCACAGGCCGCGACCCUCCUGCAGCAGCUCAACGCCCCGGCGCCGGCCACACGCCCGCGCGCGACGCUGGGUAGCUUGAAGCUAGCGCCAGCUCAACCUCAAGAGGAUGUCAAGGAGGCUCCAGCGCUGGCCGAGCCGCCGACCGACACAGCGCGUGGCUGGACGUUCCCGCCCGUCGUGCUCGCCGAGGCCGACGACAAGCUGCUCUUCGAGCUCGAGGUGAAGCUCAAGCUCCAGGCGCGCCCCAUGGAUGUGCUUAGCGUCGUGCGGCGGCUGCGCGACUCUGCGAUCAUCGACUUCCCGCCCGAAGUCUUUCUGCAGCGCCCGGCGACGCUCCAAUACCUCUUGCACCUCGUCGCGACGCCGCUUCUCGAGCCGUCCGCGGGCUUUGGCGACGUCUACUACGACUAUCCCAAGACGUCGACGCCGGCGACGCUUCUUCUGACCGUCCUCGACGUCCUUUGCGACCUCACGGCCGGAUGGCUGCAGUCGUGCCGCCUCCUUGCGCAUGCAACGUACACGGCCCCGUCCUCGCCGCAUCAAACGUCCCGGUACCCUUCUCCUGCCGGCGCACCGGUGGUCGGCAGCUGGUCGCUCGCGGGCGGGCUCCACGAAGUCGUCGUCCACUGGCUCGUCGCGCUCGCGCAACCGACGGCGCCGCAAGUCCACCUCGUCGCCGCUGUCGUCGCUGUCGCACCGGCAUGGCUUCGCGACGCCGAUGACAUUGGUCUGGACGCUCGUCGUUUCACGCGGCUCUUCCACGCGAUAGCAAACGUGCUACUUGCGCCACACGUCGACAAGCACGUCGUCACGCCUCUCGUCCGUUGGGUCACCGAUGUCUUCAAGCAGUUGACGCCGUCCGAGCUGCACCCGUCGGUUAUCACAGUGCCGGACCGACUCGUCGACGAGCUUGCGUCGCACGUACUUGUCACCGGCGACGAGCAACUGCUGCCGUACGUUGUCGCCUGCCGCCCCGAGGUGGCGUUGACGAUGGCGCGUCACGUGCGAUUCUCGGCGCUGCAAAAAAAGUGCGACCCGUUCUUGGCGUCGGUCAGCGCCCGUCUCGAUGGAUCAACGUCGACGUGGGACGCGGCGAGCGCCGUCGCGACAGCCCGCGAGCUGCUCGAUCUAGUCGUCGCGGACGAUGGCCGCCGAGAGUCGCUCCUCGGUGCGAUCGCACACGUCAUUGGCCUUGCCGCCGACGAGCCAGACCUCUCACUCGCGGUGCAAGAGCUCGUCGAGGCCCUUGGCCAGCGCUGUGUCGAGGUCAACGGUCACUACGAGACGGUCCUGGCGUACGUCGAAGGGCCUCUUGGCGGGCUCUUAACUGCACAAGGCAUUCUGCACGGGCUGUGUCAACGCCUCGCGGUUGACCCGGCGGCGGAAGCGCUCUGGACGCUGCUUGAUGGAUGCUGGACCCGGCUCGGCUCUGACAUUCCGCCCGUCAUGUGGCCGUACCUGCAGCACUGGGCGUACGCCGAGGUGCCCAUCUCGCGCCACCACGGCGACGUCCAAGAGUCCUGGGCGCGCCUGCUUCAUGCGCUGCCUGCUGUCGCAAUGGCGGACGACGUCGUCUUGCGCCUCCGGUGUCUCUUCCACCGAUCCAACUACGUUCGCCGGGCAGCCGUCAUGGGCCUCAACGAGAUUUUAAGCUUGGCGGUCGACGACGACGUCUUUGGCGGCGACGACACGGAGCCCGCGCUGCAAGCCUACGCAAGAGCACACCACUCUGGUCGACUCGGCCAUGCGUCGUCAUCGCAGCUGGUCGAGAAGGUGCACAUGUGGCUGCUCAUGCUGCGCUCGACGUCGCUCGAAGCCAACAUCAAGGCGUCCGUGCUCACCCAAGCCGCCGAGCGAUUGUACCGCGUCGGUGGCGCCACCGACGUCCUCGCCGACGCCGGCCUUCUCGCCGAGCUGCUGCCGACGCUGGUGCAGCUCCUCGAUGACGCCAGCGCAUGGAUGGCACCCAAAGUCGUCUUGGUGCUCGAUCGGCUCUUGUCGCAGUCGAGCUUUGCGCGCAAGUGGUUUCGAGCGCAGGUCGACGGCCUCCGCGCGCUCUUCCUAUGCGCCAAUGUCGAGACCAACCCCGAGCUCCGUGCUGGCGCGUACUGCUGCCUCGCGUACAUCACGAUGGCCCGGGACGUUUGGACGCUCGAAGAGGACUACGUGACGUCGAUGCCGUCGAUGCUCUUGCCCACAUUUGGUCUGCACGCGAGCGUCUGGACGUCCAUUGACUCGCUUUGCCCGACGCCGCUACUGGCAUCAGCACCCGCGUCCCCUCUGCCUCUGCAGCGACCUAUGGCGGCCGAGUGGACACCGACGCACGUCCGCGCGCACCUCGAAGCACUCGCAUCGGCGUCUUCGCACCGGUCGUAUCUGCACCUCCUGUACAACUUGCGGUGGUGGCUUGUCUUGGACCCGACGGUGUGGGCGCCGGUCGUCGACUCGCACGGCCAGCAUCUCUUGCGUCUUCUCGAGACGUACCCGUGCAGUGCCAAGGACCUGCUCGUGCUCGCCGCGCUGCUCCGGUGCUUUGCCAGUGUGACGCCACAUCUCGGCUCGUCGCUCCUCCUGACCUUGCUGCUGCGCCUCAAGGUGCACGUGGCGCCGCUGCUCCGGCAGUGUCUUGCGUCCAACGCGCCGCUUUUCGACGCGACCAUGGGCUUGCUCCUCGCGAUGGCCGAAGCGUCCGUCGACCUCGCGCGGUUUGUCGCUGCCUUCCUCAUCGAUACGAACGUGCAUGCCACGGCGCUUCUCACGGUCGGCGUUGCCGUCGACGCAGCCGUCGCGCUUCCGGUGCAGCGCGUCUGUUUGCGGCUCGUGGCGCGGCUCACGCAGGUCGCGGGCGUCGACGCCGAGGCGUGGCAUCGCUUUGCGUCCGAGACGCUGCGCCCCGUGCUUCUCAGUGUGCUGCGCCCGCACCGACGCGCCGACUCGUUCCAGGACAAGCGGCGAGUGCUCCACGCUCUCGAGUGCCUCUUGGCUCUGCCCACCGACGAUGACGUCGUGGCCACCGCGCGCAGUGUAUUGUUUGACGUCGAUGGCCGACUGCGAACCCUCGGCUACAUGCUCGUGGCCUCGGGCGCCGAGACGGAGGCCUCGCUGGCGCAACUGGCCCUCGAUACGGUGGGCGACGCCACCGAAGCCGCCGCGGUUCGCCGUGCCGCGGGUGCCGUCGUGGCUCGUGCGAGCGCACUUUACACGGCGCCGGUCCGAAAACUGCUCGUCGACGAGACGACGACGUUGGCGCCAGCGCUCACGCUCGCCCUGCUGCGGCUCGUGCCUCUCAACGACCCGAGCUUGCCCUCGUUGCCGUGGCCAUUGCUCUUGUCGAUGGCGACACCGGUCGACGUCUGCAGCCGGUUUGCUCACUCGGUCCUCGGCCUCUCGGAGACCAAACGCUCCGCAUUCCGUGAUCUCAUCACGGAGGCCUGGACGACGUCACACCAAGCAGACGCGAUGCUCAGUGUACGCACCGCGUCUUUCCUGCUGCUCUCGGUCGCGCCACGUCCGUCAGUGGCAUCGCUCUUGCCAGCGGUGUCGUCCGUCUUGGUCUGGUCGGGACCACUCGAUGCGCACUACACAGCUCUUCUGGGCGACGUGCUCAGCGUUCUUAGCGUCCUUUUGGCCGAGAGCUCGCUGCACCUGCCAGCGUCCUUUCUCUCGGAGCUACUCGAAGCACUGUUACGUGCGACGUCGGAUCGCUUUGCCGACCGCGCGCUCCUCGAACGUCUCUUGGCGCCCAUGGCGGCGCUGCUCCCGCGCAUGCUGCCGCUGCUGUUGCCGCAACAAACCACCAAGCUCUCGACCCUUAGCGACCACGUCGUCGCCCUCCUCGUGCACACAGAGGUGGCGCCUGCACCGCUCGCAUCGAUCCUCACGUCGAUCGCCGAGUCGGGUGAGGUACCGAUGGCGCCCACACACAACCUCGUGGCCGUGGCCUGGCGCCGGCUCCUCGUCGCCGCCGACACGAUGCGACUGCGCGGUGUCUCGGCGUCCGACAGCUUUGUGCUCUACGCCAGUCUCCUCGCCGGACUUUUCUUCACCUCGAAGAGUGCGCAGGACGACGCGACGGCGCUGGAGCUCCCGCGGCACGUGGCCAACUUCUACUCGACGAUUUGCAAGCCGACGGUCCACGCACCAGUGGCUUCAUCGGCACUUGCGCUGCUGAUCAACUACGUCCGUGCCAACGACAGCUCGAAGCGCGCUACCAUCGCCCAAGGCGCGUUCUACGCGCAGCUCUGGGAGACGGCCCUCGCAAGGAAUGGGGCCUCACCACAGGUGUUUUCGCUGCUCAAAGCGCUCGUGCUGCACGCCGACGGCGUCCUCGCGGCCAUCAAGCGCGGCUUCCUCGCAAAAGCAGUCGCGUCGCUCGACGAGACGCUGCGGCAGAUCGCCAAGGGCAACAAGACGAUCUCGAUUGCCGCUGUCGGACCGCUCGUCGACGUCUUGGCCAACGUCGCCAGCGUCGAGGACGGCCGGGCUGAGCUCGGCAGCAGCACGCGACUGCAUGUCAUCUUUGCCGACCUCUUGGCGGCGCCCUCCGUGCUGCAGACAACGACGCGCUGGGUGCGUCACAUGGCGUGUGCGCCCAUGGGCAAGAACGCACUCAUCCAGUGGCAGUCGGUGCUCGCGGCGCUCGUUGCACUAGUCGCGGCGCCCGACGUCAUCGUUGCGCUCCACGCGUCCUGCGCCGUGUGGUGGCUUCUGUACAACAACCAGCGCGCGCUCGCGCUUCUUCAAACCAAUGCCGAGUGGUCUGCGACGCUACGCGACGCAGCAACGAGCGCCGCGACGCGCCUCGACUCGGAUGCGCACCGUGUCGUCGAGUAUCAGCUGCGCAACAUUGUGCAGCUCUUGGACGACAGAGACGACAGAGACGACAGAGACGGCUUGGUAGCAUCGUAAUGGAAUACCGCGUACUAUUUAACUUGGUCGUGGUCGCGGAACAGAGGCAAACUGCCGUCUUUCG